UUCAACAAUACGACGAAGAGUAAAGAACCAGUUUGCUUUCGGAAUAAUUUGAUAAAAAAAUAUGUCCAACAAACAUAAGAUCCAUCAUUCCAAGUAUGAAUUUAGUGAUCCAGCUAUCAAAGAACAUAUGCGUACAUUCCUGCGCCAAUUUGAGGACAACUUUAGAAAGAAACAUCAUCUACCCAUUGAUCCGGAUCUGACUCACGUGGUUCCAAGGCGAUUGUAUCGUCAUGUGGCCGAUAUCGUUAAACUUCAUCCCUACGAUGAUCGAGAAUUCGAACACAUUCUGGAGGGACGUCUCAAAGAAAACUUCCGGGACACCGAAGCAAAAGAUUCGGACAGCCUGACGCCGGAAAUGGGCGAAGAAGAUGAGGACGAAGAGCGGGAAUCUAAAUUCGAGCUGAAAAUUGACCCCAAAUCCAAGCCACGGGAACUCAAACUGAAACACGUCAACUGGAUGGAGGGAUUCCUGAAGAAACCUCGCAAGGAGCGCAUCCAGUGGCAGACGAAGCUGUACAAAUCGGACAAGAAGCUGCUGGAGAAGCCACUUUUCGAGCAGGUCGAGGAGUUGAUCGAUCUCGGGGCGCAGGACUUUGCCGAGUGGCUGAAUACCCUGGGGGCGGAAAAGUCGAACAUCACCAAGGACAUUAUCAAGGAGCUGUUUUCGAUUGGGGUGGAAGGAGAUUCGGCCAAGGCGCUGUACGUGGAACCGAAGGAAAUCCGAGCCAUUCCGGUGGAAGUUGCGAGAGAUUGGGAUCUGCAUUAUAUGGCACUGCAGCGCAAAAUCGCCCAGGUGAACAAAAGCGACCGGCAGCUGGCGAAAGUUCCGGAACGGCAUAUCGCUUUCGGGCAAACGCUUCCGAUGGGCAUGCGCCGUUUCAAACGGUUCGACGAUAUCGAUGAAAUAGUACCGAACUUUCCGGAGGAUAUGAAAACGUUCGAAAAAGUCUUCAAGGGCAUUACCCAUCUGCGAUCGGUCAAACUGCUGGUGGAACAUCUGAGGGACCAUCCGGACGUCCACCGGCCCAAGUAUCUGGUCGAGCAGGGCAUGUUCAAACCGAAGGAAGUGCGCCAGAGCGAUCGGGUGCCGCUUUAUAAGCUGUUCAUGAAGGGGUCUUCAGCGGUGCCGUGAAAUUUUCGUAGGAUUAAUUAGGAUUUGUUUUAUUAGUAGAAAUGAUAAUUUUUAAUUGUUAUGAGAAGUAAAUUCAAAAUUG